CUGAAGCCAAUCAGCGUGCGAGAUUGAAAAGCGGGGGUGGAUGGGGAUGGGGCUCUGAGCUGUGAUUGACUUCACUCUACACCAAUGAAAGUCGCGUUUAGGAUUAACCGGGACAAGACGGAGGGAGCGAACAGGGGUUGACGGCGUCUCGCAACGGAAAAAAAGUGUCAAUACGGCGGAGUGGUGAAGCGGAAGGAGCAAGCAGGCUGUCGGCUAAGAAAAGUGAAUCGAACGCGGCUCUUCGUGACCAGAGGUAUGAAAGUGAACUGCACCUGAGAAGGAAGGAUGGCCAUGAUGAGCUCCAGGCGCUCUUUCUUCCUGGGCUUCAUGGUGGGCACCUGCACUUUGUAUUUCUUCCUGACGCAGGUGCCCCUUAACAAGAACUUCUUCCACAAGAUGAACCUGCCAGUCACCUCCAAGAACAAGGCCGUGGUGGAAAACGAGAACCUGAACUGGAGGGUCGACGGGCCGGCCCUGAUCAACCUGGAGCACCCUCACCUGAAAGGUGAGGACAGCCGUGUGGCCGAUGACAUCUACAACAAGGUGCGCAUUCUGUGCUGGGUCAUGACGGGUCCGGCCAACCUGGAGAAGAAAGCCCGCCACGUGAAGGCCACCUGGAGCCGCCACUGCAACAUGGUGAUCUUCAUGAGCUCCACCGACGACCCCAACUUCCCCACCAUAGGCCUGGACACCAAGGAGGGGCGCGACCAGCUCUACUGGAAGACCAUCCGCGCCUUCCACUACCUGGAGCAGCACCACUUCAACGAGGCCGACUGGUUCCUCAAGGCGGACGACGACACCUUCAUCGUGGUGGACAACUUGCGUUUGGUCCUCGCCAACUACACCCCCGACGAGCCCAUCUACUUCGGCAAGCGCUUCCGGCCCUUCGCCAAGCAGGGCUACAUGAGCGGCGGCGCCGGGUACGUCCUCAGCAAGGAGGCCCUGCGCCGCUUCGUGGAAGGCUUCCGCACCAACGUCUGCUCCCACACCAGCUCCGUGGAGGACCUGGCGCUGGGGCAGUGCAUGGAGAAGAUGGGCGUGCUGGCGGGCGACUCACGUGACUCUCUGCACCGGGAGACCUUCCACCCCUUUGUCCCCGAAAGUCACCUCACCGGCAAGUUCACCAAGUCCUUCUGGUACUGGAACUACUGCUACUACCCUGUUGUGGAGGGUCCCCAGUGCUGCUCUGACCUCGCCGUCUCCUUCCAUUACGUGAGCGCCGAGCUCAUGUACAUCCUGGAGUACUACACCUACCACCUGCGGGCAUACGGCUACCAGUACCGCUACAACCCCGGACUGCCCGAGAACUAUGCCAGGCUGCCAGCCCACAAGGACACAGAGCAGGAGUCUGGCAAGAACAACUCACUGGAUGCCCAUCUGGAGAAGACAGUGUGACACCACUGGCUGCCAAUCUGCUGGCCAGGACCUCUUUGGCUGAUUUGUGUCUCCACUUGGCAGCAGGAUGGGUGAGGGUAUUCGAGGGGGACUCUGUUAAAAAUACUGAUGGGGGCUGGCAUGUGGAAGACCAUGCCAACCAAACUCCACUAAUGUGAACUUGAGCCACAGGACCAAAGGAGCCGGGGCCCCCCCAGCCUGGCACAUCCAGCUAAACCAAAGAGGGUGCCAAUGUGGUGCCAGACCUGGGUGUUGGGGUUGAAGGAGGCCGCUGGCAGCAGCCCACUCGGGGCACACUAUGAAUGUAAAAGGAGGAGCCGAUGAGGACUGCAGGGCAUUGUUUUGUUUUUUUUGAACCAGCAGAUGCUUUGCUGUGCCCUAUCUUGUGCCCGCAGGGUGCCAUCAUCUGGUUCUACCGAUGAUAUGCGCGAAAUUAAAGUAAUUUGUGUCAAA